AUGCCUUUCCAAGUGGUCUCACUCCUCCUGGUCUCACUCAGCUUUGUGCUGAUGGAGGAAAAUGGCAUCAGAACAAAUCCAAAGAUCCUACAGAGACGGUAUUCCGAGGCAACAUUGGCAAGUGAUUACAGUCGAACUCUGGACAACAUGCUGAAGAAGAACUUUGUGGACUGGCUCUUGACCAGAAGAGAAAACAAGAUGGAUAAUAGCAUUGACCCAUCCAAGAGAGAAGUUGAAUCCCCAACAUUAAAUACAAGCUCUCGCGGAUAUGAAGCUGCAUCCCAAGGGACAAAGGAUUUCUUUAUUUGUCUUCUGCAACAAAGCCUUACUCUGCCGAAAGACCCUGUUCAGUGUAAGAACAUCUUGAAGCAGGAAUUUCUGGACUGGCUGAUUUCUGCUGACCUCUGCAGGCCAAUGUCCCACAAUGCCUUUGGAGAAGAUCAAAAGGCUGAACUCCUGCAUCAGGAGAAAACCUGCUGUUGA